AUGGCCACGCCCGAAGACAAGGCCCGCGACGCCGGCCCGCCCAAGGUCCUGUGCGUCGGCAUGCUUCGCACAGGCACACGCAGCCUCGCGGCGGCCCUCUCAGAGCUCGGCUUCAAGCACGUCUUCCACGGCCUCGACUCGCGGACCAAGCCCUCCCACUGGGCCUUCUUCGAGCGCGCCGCCACAGCGACCUGGCCCGAGCUCUUCGGCGUGUACGACGCCGUGACGGACCUCUCGUGCUUCUGGGCGCUGCAGCUCGCCGACGCGUACCCGGACGCCAGGGUCAUCCUGACCGAGCGCGACUUCGACGCCUGGUUCCCCAGCUUCGACGCCGAGGGCGUCGGCACGAUCAUCGGGAACCGCGCAGGGUUCGCCAUGCAGAAGACGAUCCGGGGAUUCUUCGGCGGCGCGCAAACCCUCGAGGAGCUCCGCCGCAGGGCGCCGGAUGUUUUCCGCCGGCACUCGGAGGGCGUCAAGGCCCAUGUUGCGCCUGAGAGGUUGCUUGUGUACCGGGUCGGACGGGACGGGUGGGGGCCGCUGUGCGAGUUCCUCGGCAAGGAGGUGCCGGAGGGUAAGGAGUUCCCGCGUGUGAACGACCGGGACUCGCAUCGUCAGGGCGACAAGGUGAUCAGGAGGGCGGCGGCGGUCCAGGCGGUUCGCUCCGCCGCGCCAUUUGUGGCUGCCGCGGUGGCUGUGUGGGGUGCGUGGUAUUAUUGGAGGUAG